UCGUUGUUAUUUAUUUCUUGUUAUUACAGUGGACCCCUAACCUUCUACUUUCUUUAUUUGAGUCCACUUUUCUAAGUUGCAUAAUUCUCUUAGAAAAGCUUCCAUUCCCUUUUUAACUCCCAUGGAGAAUAAGAGAAAGAUAAACCCACCUCUUCAUAUUCUUUAUCUAUGGGGGUUACUGGCGGUGCUGGUUAUGGUGCUAUUCCUCAUGAACGUAGCCUACAAUCCCCCAAAACCCCUUCAAUUACAUCCUUCGCUUAUAUCACUCCAACCAUAUUACCAUAAUUUUUCUUCUUCUACUCCUCCAAAAGCACCCAGACCAAGUAUAAAUGCUAUAGCAAAUAUCACAGGGGAAGUUCAAUCGGGCCCUUAUCACAAUUGGAAACUAUUUGUUGCUGAGUUUCAGGAAAUGAUGAGCAAUUUCAAGAUCUAUGUAUACCCUCAUGUCUACAACAACAAUAUCACCAUGGACCCAUUUGCUAGAAUUUUUGUUCCCCACACAAACCCUUCGAAUCCAAAACUAGGAAAUUACUUGAGUGAACACAUGUUUAAGGUAGCCCUCCUUCGUAGUUCUCUAAUCACAACCAACCCUCAACAUGCCCAUUUCUUCUUCUUGCCUUUCUCCAUCAACAACUUGAGAAAUGACCCUCGAGUCCGUUCGGAGGCUUCCAUUGCUGAAUUUGUGGCCCAAUACUCUAGAACCAUAAUCAAAGAGUUUCCAUUUUGGAAUGCCUCGGGAGGUGCUGACCAUUUUUAUGUGUAUUGUCAUUCUGUGGGACGAGCGGCUGCUUCCAGAAAUGCUGAAUUGCAUAACAAUGCGGUUCAGGUCACUUGCUCUUCUAGUUACUUCCAAAAGUUUUAUGUAUCUCACAAAGAUGUGGCUCUUCCUCAAAUCUGGCCUCGCUCCGAUCCUGUGUCACUGAAUCCUCCUCAUGCCAGGCAUAGACUUGUUUACUUCGCUGGACGAAUACAAAACUCUCUUGUUCGCCAAGAACUAAUAGCUUUAUGGGGAAAUGAUACUUCUAUGGACAUAUUCCCUAAGAGUCCUUUUCCUUAUGAGGAAGGGUUUAAGAGGAGCAAAUACUGUCUCCAUGUUAAAGGUUAUGAAGUGAACACAGCGAGGGUCAGCGAUGCCAUACAAUACGGGUGUAUUCCUGUUAUACUCUCCAAUUAUUAUGACCUCCCAUUUGGAAAUGUCUUGGACUGGAGCAAAUUUUCUGUUGUAAUCAAUCAUGGAGAAAUUUCAUUUUUGAAGGAGAAGCUGUUGUCCAUAUCAACAAAAAUGUACCUGAGCAUGUACCAUAAUCUUUGCCAAGUCAGGAGGCACUUUGUGUGGCAUAAAACACCAAGAGGUUAUGAUUCCUUCCAUAUGACUGCUUAUCAGUUAUGGCAGAGAAGGAACAUUCACCGUUUAUCUUACUAAAUCAUGGAAUGCUUAUCAGUUAUGGCAGAGAAGAUACAUCUAAUUAACAAGGGCAUGGAUGAAUAUGAACUGCACAGAUUGCAGUUCGUGAAGCAGUGCAAUAGCCAAAAUCACAGAAUUUGGUGUUAUUUUACGUCUCUACCAUUUUCCACAAGCAGUACGUUGAUAACACAUCAGAAUGCUGCCUACCAAAGAACAUUCACAGAACUAUAAGUUAAAACCUUUGUAAAUCUUCUGACUCAUAGGUGCAGUAUUUGUACGCUGAAUCUAGUGGUUUUCUCAAUCUCAAUGUUUCAUAAAUUUUGAUGA